CAUUCAAAUCAAUGUAUGUCGUUUAUAAACAAACAAACAGAAAAAUGAGAACCGGUUUAAAUUAUAAAUAGGGUUUUCCCAGUUGCCGAUUGCUGACCGUGACGUCUGCGGACACAGUCACAGACGAAGUACAUUUAAGUUAAGUCAAUUUCAAAUUCAAUUGCCCAGUCUCGAUUGUGAUGCCUUUAACAUGAGUUACGCGAACUAAAUAACGACCGUUUUAAUUAAAAAGUAACAGGAAUAAAUUUAAUAUAUUGUUGUAAAUUAAAAAAAAUAUAUCAACAUGCGUGAUCCUAUAAUAUUGUUGUGUUUAAUCGUUUUAACUCUGUGUAGUAGUCAAAAACCAGUUGUGAUAAAUAAAAACCUUCAUUCAGGGUUGACGGAAAAAAUAGGAAAUUUUUCCAUGGAAUUACUUUAUUUUACGGCGCAAUCGCAACCUCAAGGUACAAAUUUGAUUAUCUCACCGAUCACGGUGUGGACUGUGUUGGCUGUGAUAGCCGAAGGUGCAAGCGGCGAAACACUAAAACAAAUCUGUAAGGCCUUGCGAAUAUUUCCAAAACGAAGAGCAGCUGUGAGAAAAGAAUAUCAAAAUAUCGCUCAAUGGCUCCAAGUCAAUACAACCACAGUGGAACUGCAGAAGUUCAAUGCUUUAUUUGUGGAUGGAGCAAGUUUUCCUUUAAUAGAUUUCCAAAAUGCAGCAAAAGAAUAUGAUACUAGAAUGAUAAGUGUUAAUUUUACAGAUUCUAAUGUAACAUCACAAUUGAUCAAUGCCGCUAUAUCAACUGUGACAAAAGGUCGAAUAUCCAAGCUGGUGGAAAGCAAUGACUUGGAUAAUUCUAAUUUAAUUUUAGUAAGUGCAUUGUACUUUAAAGGACAAUGGACUGUACCGUUCAAUGCAUCAUUAACAAAACCUGAAACCUUCUAUGAUAGUCAUGGCAAUAGAUUGGGUCAGGUUAAUAUGAUGUACAAUCGUCAUACAUACCCAUUUGCUAAUAUCGACUCAUUGCAAGCUCGUGUGAUCGAGAUUCCUUAUGGACAAUAUAAACGUUUGUCUAUGCUUAUCAUGUUACCAAACACAGGUGUGUCAUUAAACCAAAUGUUUUAUAAUUUAGCAAACAUAUCAUUUGAUGUGGUGUUUGAGGAAUUGAAAGUUUCAGUAGAAGAAUAUGCCGAUGACGAAGUCGAUUUAUUUGUACCCAGAUUUAAAAUAGAGUCGAGUCUCACCUUAAUGGAUUCCCUUAAAAAAAUGGGUAUCAGUGAUUUAUUUGACCAAAGAAAUGCAAGAUUACCAUUGAUGACACGUGUCCCCGUUCAUGUUUCUAAAAUUAUACAUAAAGCAGAAAUAGAAGUAACGGAAGAAGGAACAACUGCAUCAGCCGUAACUAGUGCAGAAUUUUCCAAUCGAAUUGGUAUUACAAGGUUUGAAGCUAACAGACCAUUCUGCUACUUGAUCAUAGAAAAAGUGACUAAUUCAAUAGCAUUUGGUGGUUUCUACCAUACUCCGUCGUUGUAUUGAUCAUAUAAAGUACAUUCUAACAUUUCAAGGGAAUUGCCAAGCUGUACAAAGCUGUCAUUUUUAUCAUAUUAAGAUGACAAUAAAUAUGAAAUAACUUUGAUACAAUGUUAUAUUAUUAUUAAAAAUAUUUUAAUUAUGGUAUGUUUAUGAGUAUAUUUUGAAUCUCUUAAUAAUUAUUUAUUUGUCUAAAUAGAACAACUGUAUAUAUUAUAUUACUUUUGGAAAAUCAGCCAACAGUUGACUCAUAAGCCAACUAUAAUGCUAUUAAAAUUGAACCAACUGACUUCUAUGGAAAAUACUUAAAAGACAUCAGUAAUCAUGAUCAUUAUGUAUUCACAUAUUAAAAUUGAAGUUACCCAUAAUGGUGUGUAUCAAAUGAACCCAUGCAUUUUUAAUGUAAUAUUUCUUUAAUUGCAAUUGAACUGCAAUGUAAUUAUGUAAGCAAAUUAACAAUAAAAGUGUUUCUGGGUA